AUGACCAAUCCCAAGAAUCAAGCUGCGUGGCUGCACAAGCCGGAUACUCCUCUCGAGGUCGGCGAUGCUCCCAUGCCAACGGCAGGUCCAGGCGAGAUUGUCGUGAAGAAUGCUGCGGUUGCGAUCAAUCCAUUGGAUACGCAUAUGCAGGACGUCGGUGUGUUUGUUCAGCAGUGGCCGGCUUGUUUUGGGUGUGAUGUUGCGGGUGAGGUGUAUGAAGUUGGAGCGGACGUGGAACGUUUCAAGAAGGGGGAUAGGGUUGUUGGACACUGUAUCAACCUCACCACAGGCCAAGCUCGGGAUGGCGCCUAUCAGCUCUACAGCGUCGUCCUCGCCUCCAAAGCCGCUAUCCUUCCCGACUCGAUCUCCUUCAAGGACAGUGUCGUUGUUCCCUUCGCCCUCGAAGCCGCCGUCUGCGCCCUAUCUCUCAAAGAACCCGGCAUCGCCAUGCCCGGCGUCUCAACACCCGCACUAGGCCUUCCAUACCCCUCUCUCGACGCUCCUGCAAACUCGCUCAACAAGACCCUCAUCGUCUACGGCGGCUCUUCUUCCGUCGGCUCCAUGGUCACACAGCUCGGCACAGCCGCUGGCAUUACCAUCAUUUCCAUCGCCAGUCCAAAGAACUUUGACCUCUGCAAACGCUGCGGCGCGGAACAAGUCAUCGAUCGUGACGACCCCAACCUCGUCGCCAGCGUCCUCGCCUCGGUCCCUAAGGGUAGCUCCGUCGUCGGCAUCUUCGACGCAGUCUCCUCGCCCGACACAUACGCCCACGACCUGGCCAUCUUGGAGAAAGUCGGCGGCGGCCAUCUCGCUGCUGUGCAUCCACCGCCCUCUGAAGGCGUACCAAGCAACGUACAGGCUGGAAUGAUCUUCGCAGUGAACGAUAUUGCGGGGAAGGUGUUUGAGGAGUAUGCUACGCCUGCCCUGGAGAAGGGCAAGGUAUUGCCUUUGCCGCCGCCGAAGGUCGUGGGGAAGGGUUUGGAUAAGAUUGAUGAGGCGCUGAAGCUGUGCAAGGCUGGGGUUAGCGCGACGAAGUUGGUGGUUGAGCUUUGA